GCAAAUAGAGAGCUGGAGUUAGGAAGCAGUAGGCAGUUCUCACCCGAGAAGCUUAGACAGCAAUGCUAAGUCCACUGAUAUUUUUACACCCAAACAAUCAAAGAGAGGAAGAAUUGGUAUACAGUUGCCUACUCUGGGAUGUUGGAAGUGGCCUCUCCUCCUUACAGGUAUGUCUUCACCAAGGACAAUUCAAAGGACUAAGUUUUAACACUGUUUUUUAACUGUAAGGGAUUCAUAUGGACACUGCAAUCAUUAUUUUGGCUGUGUUGUAGACAUUGGAUUAAGGGAUCAAGGAUUAUUUUUUUGUGAUCUGGACUUACAGAAAUUUUGAAGAUUGUUGCUUUGCAUGUAAAACUCUGUUAAGAUGCAGCCAGUUCUCAUAUCUUGCUGGGUGUGGAUGUGGCUGAGCAUUGUUGGGGCACAGUCACAAGCUCAGUCUCAGGCCCAAUCUAGUCAGGGACAAGAUUCACCUUCAAAUCCCUGGAGACAAGUGAUCCAGUGGGAAAACAAUGGAAGGCUGUUUAGCCUGCUCAACAGUGGAGCUGAGUACAUCCCUGCUCGGGGACAGGACCCGGACAGAAGUCAUCAAGUAGUUUUAUCUGAUAGCUCGAACAGAAGGUCCAGACCAAAUGGAGGAAAUGUGCGCAGACAGGCACCAUCCAGAGGUAACUCAGAAACCAUCAGGGGCCAAGCCAGACACCCGUUUGGAUUUGGGCAGGUGCCAGAAAAUUGGCGUCAAGGUACUGCUGGCACCGGUACAGGUGAAUCAAGUCGAUUUCAGUCAUCACCAAAUACACGUUACAGAACGUCUUCCGGUUCUUCCUCCUCAUCAUCAUCAUCAUCUUCUUCUUUCAGUGUGCAAUCAUACCCACAGAACCCUUUUCAACAGCAGCCUCCCUAUUAUACCCCAUAUGAAUCUUUUGAACCACCAUUCCAGGGAACAGGGUAUUCAGCAGACCCUAGUGGAGGUUUCACAGGAGUAAGAUAUAGUGCUGGUGGCGGCGGUAGUUAUUCUGCCGGAAGUUAUGGUGGUGGUGCAUUUCCAGGAGGAGGACUGGCACCUGUGGCUCCUAGGUCAGAAAUAAGAGAUGAAAGUCAACGCUACUAUCAACAGUAUGGUCCACCAUUUCCUGCUGCUCCUGUCCAACCUGCACAACCCCCAUUCUCAGAUGGUUUGGAUCGUCGCUACACACACAGCUUGUACAAUGACGAAACAGCAGGACUUCCCGAUAGAAGUAAUGCUGCAGAAUCCAUAUCAACUGGUGUAGGUCAACCUGCCCAGCAAAGCCCGCAGUAUGAGCAGUUUCCACCUUUUGGAAGGCCACAACCUUUGCCGCCAUUCAUUCAGCAACCUGCACGUAACCCUCUCAACUCCAACUUCGCCGAGAACCCCUCCACAAAUGUUGGAAGUGUCUACCGAAAUCAGCAAAGAGGACUACCUGACCUGGUGCCUGACCCAAACUACAUUCAGGCCUCCACAUACAUCCAACGAUCCCACAUGUACUCCCUUCGCUGCGCUGCUGAAGAAAAGUGCCUCUCAAGUACAGCCUACAGUUCUGACAUCACAGACUAUGAUGUCAGGGUCUUGCUACGCUUUCCUCAGCGGGUUAAGAACCAGGGAACGGCUGAUUUCAUGCCCAACCGACCGCGGCAUACCUGGGAGUGGCACAGCUGUCACCAACAUUACCACAGCAUGGACGAAUUCAGUCACUAUGACCUACUGGAGGUGGGUACAGGAAGGAAAGUUGCAGAAGGACAUAAGGCCAGUUUCUGUCUGGAGGACACCACGUGUGACUUCGGCCAUCUUAAACGAUACGCCUGCACUUCCCAUACACAGGGUCUCAGUCCAGGUUGCUAUGACACUUACAAUGCAGAUAUUGACUGCCAGUGGAUUGAUAUUACAGAUAUCAAGCCAGGAAACUACAUACUGAAGGUUCAGGUCAACCCCAAAUACUUUGUGCUUGAGUCAGACUACACCAACAACAUUGUCAGGUGUAACAUCCACUACACAGGGCGCCUUGUCCGAGCAACAAACUGCAAGAUCUCCCAAUCUUGAUCGCCAGACACAUUAAGGUAGAAGAUGAUAUCCUGGGAUAUGCUGUUCCAUUGAAAUGUGAAUGGAAUACCAGUUGUUGUUGCUGCCAAUGUUAUGUGUUGUUCUGGUUCCAUAAAUUGAUUGGAGUCUGGGGGUCAGUUUGUACUCAAGAUUAUAUACUCAAAAUAUGUACUGAUGCCCCGAUUACACCACGCUGUGAAAUAUCCAAAAAGGGCUAUUUCACUUUUACAAUAUUGCCAACAUACCAUUUUUGACAUAAUAAUCACACACAAAAGCAUCAUCAUCAUCCUUAAAGCCAGAUAGACAUUGUACAGAUUGAGUUAUUCCGAAUCAGGUCUUAAAGCUGCUGUUUUAGAGUCAAAAUCUCAAGCAGACAAACCAAUGGAUGCCCAUUUCUGGUUACAAACUCUCAAUGAAUCAUAUAAUACACAAUGUGUCAGUGAAGAACAUAUGAACUCAUACAACAUCUGCCUGGCUUUAAAACAUAAGAAUAGCUUUUAGUCUAUUAGAAACACUGGCUUAUUUAUACCAUUCGUUUUCCAAGAAUGGUUAUAUUUAGCGAAACCAUCGGCUUAGAUUAAAAACAUUAGAUCAAAUAGAGACAGGUGCUGAAAUGUAAACAACGUAGUCCCAAAAGGGUGCUAGUAAACUGUAAAUCACCACUUCAGAUCAGGAAAAAAGUCCCUGAAACCCUCAUUUUCAGUGUCAGGGAAAGAGGAUAUAUAGACCCCGUACGACUAGAAGCAAUCAUGUUGUUGAAAAGUCUUUUUUUUUCUUUCUCCCUCUCCGCUGAAAUGAAGGUGAAAUAAUGAAAUGUGGUUGAAAGGGACGUCAGAGAAUUUUGCGUGCAUGAAUCAUCUACUAUCACAGCAAGUUUGUCCAGGAAAUUCACUUUAGCUUGACUGAGGGAGCCUUGAACAGAUUCUCGUCCUGAAAAGCCGAAGGGGAUUAGACCAUUUUGAAUUAGAGCCUUAUAUAUUCAAGCGCUGGCUAAAAGGUCUAUAUUUUCCUGUCCUGUUAACUGUUUUCUUACAAAACUGCCUUUUUUUUUGUUAUCGUGAUGGUUUACAGAUGAUGCCUACCUAGCAGCCGAGUAGUCACCUAUUUCCUGAAAACUGGUGGUUGAUGAAUGACAAAUAUUUGCGUGCCUCAGAUAAAUUGGCAGCUUUUUUUUCUUCCUAAUGGCUCAGUGAUUCUUGUCGAUCGAAAGUUAUUUUGUGUCUGUUACCUUUUCUAAUAAACUUGUAUCAUGUAAGCAGUUAUCGGUUGUAUGCAUACAUAGUUUUUGUCAAAAGCUACCAACACUGGUCUGAUGCCAUAGGUCAUCAUAAUCUUUACAUGUGACUGUUACUCCACUAUUAGAUCGCAUUCGAUAAAGAAAAUACUGCAUUUUUUUUCUCUUUAAAGAAACUACAGAUUUUUUAGAAAGUAAAUUGCUGUAAUAUUUACAUUGUAUGUAUUUCUCGAUUAUCACAUCUGAUUACUACCUUCAUUUCAAAGCUGUGUUGCAGCAGAAUGUAACUAUGACGAUACUACUGUUGCAAAAGCUAACAUCGCAAAAGUUUGAUAUCGCUUCCAAGCUCAAUGCCAUCUCAACCUACCUCUGAGACAGAGUUAGCUAUUAUAUUUGUCCAGUUAAAGAUGUGCGGUAAAGAGAACCUCCCUUUAUUGCAACACUUGAAGAAAAUCAAAAAGUAUUUACAAUAUAAAGUUUCAUCACAAAUACUUAUAUAACGUAUAAUCGUUCAUGCGACGGGAUUUUUUUCUUAUAGGCAUUGUUCGUUAUUAUGAAAUUAUAAAAUGCCUAAAGAAGGUGUUCCCUAUUUAGUUAUAUUACCUGGUGCAUAGAAAUUAUCAGAAGUAGGGAAAAUAAUUGGAGGGUGUGCAACAAAACCCAGGGUAGAUCUUGUUACAUUCAUUUUCAUCAUAUAAACAAAUUUGUUCUUUCAUUUCAUAAUAUGUUUCUUCUGAUUGGUAACAAGGAUUGAUCUUUUUCUUAUCAAAUUUUGUUCACAAUGUGGAGAUUUGCACAUUUGUUUCAUUACGUUUGUUUCAUUAUGUUUUUUAGACCGUAUACUGAAUCUUCAAAUAAAGAUGAAAGAGUAAUACAA